AUGUUAAUCUAUCUUUCCCUUCUCAUAUUUCAAAUUCCACAAGCCCAAUCUGAGUGUAAUCAAGUUUGCAGGCUGCUAAAUGGCUCUCUAAAUUGUUUGCACAACUCAAAAGACACAAUUAUAAAAACCCCAGAAUCAAUUCCAACCCACCCGAAUCACAUUAUAUGCAACACAGAGUGCGCUGAAAAAUGCAAAAAUCUGGCAGAUAAUGUCCUGAUAUCUUGUCUGGACUCCUGCGGAUGUGGAAAUCAGGGCACUGAAACUGAUCUCUGCAUACCCAAAUGUUUGCAUUUUUGCGAAGGUUUAAACUCAACCGACAACUGUUUCGAUUUCUGCGCUGAGAAUUUCUGUGUCCGGCCAAUUGCUGCGUAUUAUGAAGAGGAGGAGGCAGAUUGGCAAAUAUGAGUCAUUAUUGCAGCAGUUAUCAUCGGGGUCUGGAUUUUCUGAUUUGUUUAUAUGAGGACCUGUAGGAAGAAUAGGUGCUGCUGUGGAUAUCAGGAAAGAAGAGAGUCAUUAGCAGAUUACAUACCCUUGAGAUAA